GCGCCCCCUCCGCCUCACUGUUUCCGUUUCCGCGCUGUGUGCGCACUGGAGGCGGCUUUUCUUUUUCCUCUUCUCUCCAGAACGAAGCUAAAGGAACUAAAACUGUCCCGACUCGGACCUUCAGCACUCGCCCUGCAUGCGGGGUAUCUAUUAUUAUUAUUAUACUACUACUAACAGUAAUAAUGGGGGAUAUUGAAGCUCCGGACGGACAGGAAUCCGGGACUGGAUCACGUGUUGGAGCGGUUUUUUCUCUUUUAGUGAAUAAAGAAGUGAUCGGAUCCAGAAAGGGACAACUCCUCAUAGCCGAAGUGGUCGUAUCUUUGAUCAGUUUCGUGUGUUUUUGUGCUUCGACAGCAGCCGUGUUUGUUACAGCGCCUCUUCUGGCCUUCAUCGCCGCGCUCCUCAUCCUUUUCGCUUAUUCCAUUAAAUAUAACCAGAAAUUUAAAGGGUUUCACUGGCCGCUAAUGGAUUUCUUGCGCUGUGUCAGCGCUUCCAUCAUCUUUUUCAUAAUCUCCAUUAUGGCCGUUGCUAAAUACCCCGAUGGAUCGUCUAAAGCUGCCGGAGUUUUCGGGUUCGUCGCCACCAUCGUAUUCGCUCUGGAUUUCUAUUUUAUCUUUAACGAGCUCGCCGAUUUCCUGAAGGGCGGCGGCUCGAACCAGGAACCUCAGAAUGCACGAGACGCGGACUCGGAUUCUGAUUCGGACUAGCGUCGAUCGUGAUCGUGAAGGACCCUGGGAGAUGAACCACUAAUGUGCCCGAAGGGAAAAAACCAUGACCUGCACAUUUUUAUUUGUGUCUGUGUCAGAGUGUCUUUAUAAAGUGUGGGCUAACUCUAUAUACGACGCUACGUUUGUACAUAGGUAUUAAAGCACGACGAUCGCUUUCGGUCUGUGGAUAAAUAAUCUGACAUUAUCACGGCAGUGCAGAUCGUAGACGUAGAUUGGUGCAGUUUGUGUUUAUUAUCAGUGAUCAUCAAGGCAAAAAGUGUCACUCACAUUCAGAGUCGAGAUGUUCGCUUGCGUAGAGGGCGGCCGGUUUCAGAUAACUUCAAGGUUUCCGGAUUUUUCCUGGGUACAGAAAAUAGUGAAUAAGUGAUUAGGUAGCCAGACUGCACGCUGCCUUAUUUUUUCCAGUAUUAUAUAUUUAUUUACAGACCAAUUAAAGAGGUGAAUUUUAUAAAUGGAAGCGAUCUACACAAGAACAUUUGUCGUAUUGUCUGAUAUACAGUGUCUGUUUACAUGUUACUAAUGAAGUUGUCUUUAUUUGUUCAGAA